CGGCUAGCCGUGGACUCUUGCUGUCAGAAUUGCAAUUUGGGUGCGCUGCCUAUUCCGUAUUUAAAGCUAAACCCAAGGCCACGGCCUAGCCCAGUGUAUCGUAGAUAUCUUACGUAUAUCACCGACUUGGGCGCCGCCGUGUGGGCACGGACGACGGCCCCUAGACAAUGUUGCGGCUGAGGCACACCGUCAGCGGCACAGCACCGAGCGCCUGCGGGGGCCAGUCCCGCUGUGCACUGCCAGCUAGCUUCGGGGGUUCUCUAGCUGUAUCUACCACCUCUGCUUGCCAUAAGCCAAGUCGGGGCGUGCUUCUUGCGGCCGUGCCGGAAGCAAACAGCAGCGGAGCGGCGGGUCCGGAGCAGCUUCAGCCACGCCCGCAGGCGAAGCGUGCUCGCCUCUCGCCGGCACCCGGGGAGGCCGCCCAGAAGCCGCGGCGAUGGCAUAAGGCCAGCUCACAGGGGCCGCCGGUUCCAGGCAUCUCGUUGGGCGCGGCGUCACAGGCGCCGCCUGCGGCCGCCGCCGCCGCUGACGGGCAGUCGCUCGCACCCAGCUCCGCCAGUGGCAGCACUCAGACAGCAGGGCUCGCCAGUGCCCACAGAAGCGAGCGCGGCAGCGCCGGUGCGCAGUCGGGUCGUGAUGGCGGAUUGCAGCGCGGCGGGCGGGGCAGCGGUAGUAGCUCAGGCGAAGCCCAAGGCCGGCGUGAGGGUGGCCGGGCGGCGGGGCAACAGCGGCAGCGGCGCGAGGCUUAUGCGGCGUACGGAGGCGACGAUGAGGAUGAGGAGGACGAUGAUGGACUGGACAUGGAGUUUGCGGGCUUGACGGAGGAGGAACUUGAGAAGCUGGUGUUCGCCAGUGCGGGUGGUGCGGGUGCCGGUCUGCCUGCCGCGGCGCCCAUGACGACGGCUGCCUCCACGCCUGGCGGCAGCGGCAGCAGCGGGGCUGGCAGUGGAGAUGAGCAAGCGGCGACAGCGGCAGCAGCGGCGAAUGCGGCGCCAGGUGCGGCCAAGGGCAGUGGCAAGCAGGGCAGUCGGCAGGGUGGCAAGAAGGGCGGCAGCGGCAUCAGCGCGGCCGAGGCGCUGGCGGCCGCCCAGCUGGAUGAGGCGCUGGCAGCCCGGGUGCAGUCGGCCCUGGCCGCCGACCGCGCCAUCAGCGAUGGCGACAAGCUGGCGGCUCAGUUGAAGCAGGUCAUGGCGGCAGCACAGGCCGCGGCGGCCAAGGGCGUUGGCGCAGCAGCACCCGCGAAUGCGGCCGCGGCUGCUGUGGGCGGCGCCGUGGCGCCUGCCGGCGCGGGUGCAGGCCCUGGUGCGGGCGGGGCCGGCGGUGUUGUGCUGGCGGCGGCCGCGGCGGUGUCGGGCCUGCUGGACUGCGACGCAGAUGCCGCUAUGGGCAUUGUCCUGGCGUGGCCGGGCUACGUGGCGCUGCCGUACGGUGAUGCGGAAGAGCGGCUACGGGCGCUGUGUGGGUUUCUGGACGUGGAGGCGGCGGGCGCGCGCCAGGCGGCGCGCUGCAACCCGGCGCUGCUGCUGGUGCCGUCCGACCCGCUGCGGCGCAAGCUGACGGCGCUGGCAAACGCCACUGGGCUCAAGCCCACACAGGCCGCGGGCAUGAUUACGUUGUACAUGUUUCCAGGCUCAAUGUAGGGCGGUGGUGGUGCUGGUCAGCGGGUGGCAUUGCAGGCCCUUGCUAGCGGGGCGGCUUCAAUUGAACAUGGGGUGUGCCGAGGUGUUGCGUCCGAU